AUGAGUUCUGACCGAGAGGAGUAUGACAUGGUCUGUCAGAAAGCUGUGACCCUAAUUGUUGACCUUUGCCUGCACAACAGCUCGCUGCUGGACCCGGACACCUGUCAGGAUUACCUCUUCCUGUUGUCCGGCCACAGCUCUGACCGCAAAGAACUGGGCUCUUCGUUCGGCCUCCUGCUUGGCGUGUUUGUGGUGUGCGGCCUGGCUCUGCUGGGCCUUCUUACAUUCGUCUCCUGGAAGCUGUGCCGCGUGCCUCGGCGGACUAAGGCCCACUUCGCCAGCCCGUCCCUCACCCUGACCCGCGACCCCGAGAUCUGCCCGCUGCAGCCGACCAUCCUUCUGCCCAGCCCCCUGCAGUCACCGGUCACCAUGGCGACAGAGAAGUCGAAAGACCCCAUGGUCUCGAUGGGUUUCCUGGAGGCGGCGGUGAAGAUAAGCCACACAUCUCCCGACAUCCCCGCCGAAGUGCAGCUCUCCAUGAGGGAGCACUUCCUGCGCCGCACGCAACGCAUGCAGAGGCAAACCACCGAGCCGGCUUCCUCCACUCGGCACAAUUCAUUCAAAAGACACCUUCCCAGGCAGAUGCAGGUAGGUAGUCUAGACCUGGGAAUGGACUACAUGCCGGACAAUGACGAAAAGCCCACGAGUAUCGGCCGCAUCCAGCCAGAACUCUACCAGCAGAAGACCCUGGAGUCGGAGGAUUCGUCCAAGAACGGCAGCAGCAAAAACUGUGGCAGGAUUAACUUCUCUCUCAAGUACGACUACGAGAACGAGGCCCUCAUAGUGAACAUCAUCAAGGCGUCGGACCUCCCUGCCAAGGACUUAUGCGGCACGUCCGACCCCUAUGUGAAGGUGUACCUGCUGCCCGACCGCAAGAAGUUCCAGACUCGCGUCCACCGGAAGAUGCUCAACCCCAUAUUCAACGAGAGCUUCCAGUUUCCCGUGCCUUACGACGAGCUGGCCAUCCGGAAGCUCCACAUGAGCGUCUUUGACUUUGACCGGUUUUCACGGCACGAUAUGAUCGGCGAGGUGGUGCUGGACAACUUGUUUGAGACGUCGGACCUCUCCAGGGAGACGAACAUAUGGAGUGACAUCCAAUACGCCAGCAGUGAAAGCGUUGACCUUGGGGAGGUCAUGUUCUCACUCUGCUACCUGCCCACGGCCGGCAGACUCACACUCACUGUCAUCAAGUGCAGGAACCUGAAGGCCAUGGACAUCACCGGAUACUCAGACCCCUACGUCAAAGUGUCACUCAUAUGUGACGGGAGGCGUUUGAAAAAGAAAAAGACGAGCAUCAAGAAGAACACUCUGAAUCCCACCUACAACGAGGCCAUCAUCUUUGACAUCCCGCCGGACAGCAUGGACCACGUCAGCCUUCACAUCUCGGUCAUGGACUACGACUUGGUAGGUCAUAAUGAGAUCAUUGGUGUGAUGAGGCUUGGAUGCCAUGCUGAGGGUCUUGGCAGGGACCACUGGAACGAGAUGCUGGCGUAUCCACGAAAGCCCAUUGCACACUGGCACCCCCUGCUGGAGUCCAAGAAGUCUGAGAAAGAGUGGAAGGCGAGGACAGCCAGCUUUGACAGCCAAGGCUCCUGCCCCUCACCCCGGCCCCCAGCUAGUCCCUGAGCAGAGCCACCUGUGACCCAGCAGCCCAGAAGGGGGUAUCCUCCCUCCUGCUGAUCCACUUCCUGUCUGUCUGAUUGAGGAGAAACACAACCCCACUGUCUCUCCCUCUCUCUCUCUCUCUCUCUCUCCCUGUCUCACUGUCCCUCCCUCCCUCCCUCAAAGUAUAGAGCACUCCAGAGAACUGAUAUCGAGUCAGAUAGUUGUGUGAAGCGCAGUCUUUUAGGGUUUGAAAUGUGGGUGUUGUGAUGGGUUCCCCCCUCAAUGGCUGGACAUCCGGUCUGCGGACAUUUAAUAUCUGAGCUGAGGUGAACGAAUCUCAGCGUCCUCACAUGGAGACUCUCCAGGCGCUGAAGGUUCAGUUAUGUGGUGCAGACUCUUGGAUAGAAAAAGUCAGACAUGAGAUAUUUGCUCCAAGAGAGCAGUUUCAGGACACGUCUGCGGUAGAAAAAGAGACUUUAAACCGGAUCUGAAGCAAUUUCCGAACCAUUCUACUCUCUCUCAUUGAAUUCACACUUCUGCACAGCAUAAAGAUGAAACUGAACUGUAGCAUUUUUGGCACCAUUAGAUGUAAAAACCGCUCCAUUCAUCGUUAUGGUUUGUGAAUAGCAAAACUGACAGUAAUCUCAAAGCCCCUGCUGAGUUCUUCCAGUUUCGAUAAUGACAUAAGCAAUUUCCUGAACCGCAGUUCGUUAAGGAGGGAUGGGAUCAGGCUGCAACUAGAAUAUUCUCUAUUUGGCAAUUUGCUAAUUUAGUGUGUUUUCAUAAGCAGUGAAGACGAGAAGUUGUAUGAAACAAAACAAGAAAUAUUGGAUAUUCUUUUCCUCACACGACAGCAAAUUGGCUGCAGUGUUAUGUACCUGAUUUCUAUUCUGACUUUCAAUCUUUCCGAAAACAAAACGCAGGUUUAAAUGAACUGACAAAGGCACAAAUAGCCUAAUCAACACACUAAAUACCCACAAAUCAAAAUAAACAGGAUUUUUUCAGCUGACACAAGCCUCUCUUUGAGUUCUGACAAAGCAAUUUCCUGAUCUGCAGUUCGUUAAGGAAAGAUGGGAUCAGGCUGAAACUAAAAUAUUCUCAAUUUGCAAAUUUAGUGUGUUUUCAUAUAACUGAAAGUUGUAUCUAAAAAAAAAAAGAAUAAUUACUGGAUAAUUUUUCCCUCAGUCAAAUUGGCUGAACUGUUAUUUCAAUUCCGCAUCUACUUUGUCAAUCCUUUUUCAAUUAACGAAACAAAAAGCAGGUUUAAAUGACCUCUCAAAGGCACAAACAGCUUCAUUAGCACACUUGAAACCCAAAAAUAAAAUAAAAGUGUUUCCUGAAACACAGAUUUAGGACGAAGGAGGUUUCUGUAAACAGGUAGUGAGCACACUUCACACUCCCUUAACCCCUUCUCUGUUUGAUGUUUGCUUUUGAGCGAUGUCACCUCUUUCUUCUUCCAAAUGAAAUCUCAAACGCUCAUGUUUUCCUUCAGACACUCACUGUUCAAAAGCACUUCUUCGUCUCCUCCUGUUCCUUUUUUCUGAACAGGUUUUGGUGAUUGUGUAUAUUUGUCAUGUACAGCCGUCCGCCGUUUCCUGUAUGUAUGUUUUGUUAUUCUAAGCAGCGAGAUAUAAAUAUAGGUAAAGCAUAUUUAAAAAAUAACAUUUGAAUAUAUGUAGCUUUGUUGGUUGUGAUGAUUGAGAAAAACCUAAAAAAAAAAAGGUGAACAUAUUCGUCUUUUGAACUUAGAAACAUGCAACUUUCUUGAUGUAUUUCCUGCCAUAAAUCAUACUGUUGUUCAAGGAGAACAUGUGUUUGAAUUCGACAUCCAGAUGCUUGGUCUGCCACAUGUGGUGAAUAGAUUAUUUUUGAAGAUAUUUGAUUGGAUUUAGGGAAAGAUUACUGCAGCAACGCUGUCAUAUCAGAGGGUAUUGCACCAGUAUAAAUCCCUACAUGUUAUUUUAUUCUCUGCUAUGGUGGCUGACAGGGGCCAAAGCCUUACACCACAUUUCUAAUAGGAGAAGCGCGCUGCAUUUUCAAAAAGGAAAAAACACAAAUGUGACAAAAACACAUGCAAAUAAAGAAACAUAUUCACGAAUUGACCACACAUGCACAACAUUAAGAAAGCAUUUACCAACUGAACGAAACAUGUGCAUACACCAAAAGCUGCAAAUAACAAAACACUGCAAGAAUCUGAAUACAAAACAGAAAGGGGGACACUUAAAAGUGACGCACACAGCUGGGACCGAAGCGCUUGUUGACCUUCGGGGAUUAUAAAGUUAGCUGACUGUCACUGUUGUUGGAAAACGUACCUAAAAUGUACAAUUUAUCAGCUAAUUUUCAACAAUGAGCCCUUCCAAUAGCAUUCCAGAUCUGCUCUAAGCUAACUAGCUAAUGUAGUCAUUUCAAAUAUACUGACAAAACACUUACAAUUAUGAAACAGAUUAACUCUGCGAGAUUG